GUGAGUCAUGGCUCACUAGAUAAUGGUGGGAGUCUUUCCGACGCUUUGACGGGACUUUGGACUUUUUUUUUUUUUUUUUUUUUAAUAACAACAUGAGAGUGAACUCGUUUUCGGAACUUAAAAUGCGUGGACCUGGUGAAGGGAUCCCCGGUCUGAACCUGGCUGUGUUGCUGUGUUUGUUCGCGCCUUCCCUAGUCUCCUCCAUCAUAGUGAACACUCCAGCUGAGCUCCAUGCCUCUAAAGGGGAAACCGUCACUUUGUCCUGCACUUUUACUUCCACCAGUAGGCCGACCAGUAAGAUGACUGUCGACUGGUCCUACAGGCCCCAGAGUGGAGGGCCCCCGCUGACGUUUUUCCACUUCUCCUCACGGGCGUUCCCUCCACCUGACGGUCAGUUUAUCGGUCGCAUCAAGUGGCAGGGAGUCCCGGCGCGCGGAGAAGCUUCAAUCUCGCUGAUCAACGCCACGUUGAACGAUAAUGGGACCUACACCUGCUCCGUCAGGAACCCCCCCGACGUACACGGGUCGCCGACCUCACACACAGUGCUCACUGUCACACCAAAAACGCCCAGCACUCGCUUCUCUGACGUUGCGGUCCUUCUGGUUUUCAUCCUUCUCCCCUCAACUCUCAUCACCCUCAUUCUGAUUGGACGGAUGCUCUGUCCCAAGAAACAGCGCAACCAAUCCAAGGCCUACAGAUCACCCAUAGAGGUCACGGAGGGAGAGGAGUAUGGCGGCCAUCCUGCGGAGGCCAAAGCAAGGAGGGCCUCGUGCUGUGAGCUGUAUACGAUGGACUCGGGGGAUGAAGACGGGUAUUACGACCUUGAAAAGAAGCCUCCUGUGGAUGACGGCUAUGCGGAGUCCCAGUGCUAGAGAAAAUCCUGCUGGUUUGGGAGCGGUAACUGCUAAACCUACUGGUGCCUUACAAGUGGGAGGUACUGAAUGGAAAAUUAAUUUUGGAUUCAACCACUCACCCAGUCACUUUGGUGAUGUUUACUUUUGGUGGUGACGCCUUUUGUAAUAAUAUUUUGUCUUCAGACAAUCUGAAUCAUGCAUCUCCAGCAUCACAUUUAGACCAUAAAUAAUGUCAAUAAUUUGAUUUACCUGUUACCUACAAGCUCUUAAAUUUUCUAGGCCAAGCCAGAGGUCUUAAUUCCUAAAUUUAAGAGCUUGUAGUCUUGAUGAGAUAUUAUUUGUUUAUUCUGUCUGUACAGAUGAGCAGCUAGUGUCAUUCUGUCAGCUACCAACUGACCCUGUACAUGCAAACACAAACACACAGAUGAGCACUAUGUGUAUUUUUUUUUAUAUAUUGAUGAUUUUUGUGUCACUUUCUUAUUUGUGAAGGAGAUGGAUGCGUUUUUUGUCUAAUUUAUUGCCUGUGUCAGAGCGUCUGUAUGAAAUCUGUCGAUGCCUUUGUUGAGCUGUAGCGGAACAUUUCUGUUCUUAGUAUUUGGACAGGAAAUUAAUGGUUUCAUUUUGAGUCAGCUAUGACAACAUAGUACUAUUUAUGCCAUAUGUUGUAUAUACGGUACAUUUCCUAUAUUUUCAGUGUCUGUACAUUACUGUACCGUGUCAUUAUUUCAAAUUCAGCCGUCAAUAUGUGUGUGUCAGCUUACUGCUCGGUAUCUUUGAUGUCUGAGUUUGGAUGUAGUGUUUCAUGGAUGAGGUUAUUUCAUGUGAUAUAAAAGUAUGGAGUCUUUGUUUUGGAUGCACUGCUUUGCUUUAUUAGUUGUAUUAUAAUUAUAUUUUUUUGCCUAAAUAAAUAGUUAGGGAUCAGAUUCUUCUGGCUUUGUGAGGGAUGUACAUGAUUAAUUUUAUAAUGGUGCUUCCAGCGAGUGAAUAAAGAUAAUUUGAUCAUUGAAUUGGUGCAAAUCUGUUAGCAAUCCUAGACAAUUUGUUGGUAAAGUUUAUAGCAUAUGGCCACCAUUUUCUCCUCUGCUCUCUCUUUGUUUGAUCUUUUGCACUAUUCAUGAAUGUUUUUUGAAUAUUCCUUUAAAACUCUAAGGGACAGGCUGGAAUCUCAGAGCUUCUUUUCCUCACUCACAAUUGCAGCAGCAUCUGCUUCAUCUACGCAGUCGUGGGGGGCUCUCGAGUCAUAAAAAGACCUAAUAAAAACCCUCCAAUAAAAC